AUGGCCCAGUCGCUUAACACGCAGCGGAUAUCCGCCGUCUUCCAGGCUCGGCCAGACAUCAUCGCCAGCAUCAAGCAAGCUGCAGGCCCAGAUUCUCCCAGCCGAAUUGCCUUGUUCAACAACAUUGCCGACCACGUCUACGAGCGAUUGCAGGAGAACGGAGAGCCCGCGCAAAAGAAGAGGAAAUUCGGCGCAGAACAGCAAGCGAAUGGCAGUCCGAACAGCCAAGCGGUGCUGUCGAAUGCAGCAGACGAGGAUGUCCUCUUAGAGGUCAAAGAGAUUUCUGUUGUUGUUCCGCAGAGGAAGAAGCUCGAGAUCUGCUUCACAGCGAACCACUUAUAUGCUAGGGCCCCUGGCACAACAGCUCCUCUUCCGGGCAUUAGCUACGCGUGGAGGGAUAUUGCAGAAUAUGCCUUCUUCCUCCCCGUCCCUGACAAGGCGCAGGUUCAACACAACUACGUGAUAUUCCCCAAAGGGACUUGUCUGCCCACCAAGGCAGGUAACCCUCCGUCCGCGGAGCCGUUCGUCUUCACCGUCCCCAUCACUGCCCCGAAGCAAGGAACGAUUGGAGGAUCAGAGUCAGGGGCUGCGGCCGCUGUAUCAGACACAUACAAGUCUUUAUUCCACUGGGCGCUGAGCAGGCAAUUGCAAGCUGCUGGUAGUGCCGUGAAAAUCGUCUCUGCCGAUUCAAACAAGUUCCGCAGCAUGGUGCGCCAACCUCACCGGCCCAAUGAAAUAGCAGUCCACGUCAGCGGCUUUAGGGGUUCAAAGGACGGCUUCCUCUUCUUCCUCGAGAAUGGCAUCUUGUGGGGAUUCAAGAAGCCGAUCAUCUUCAUCCCAACCAACCGCAUUGCCGCAAUCAGUUACACGAACAUUCUCCAAAUCACGUUCAACAUGGUGGUGGAGGUCUUCAUCGACGAGGACGGCAACACAGAGGAGCUGGAAUUUGGCAUGCUGGACCAGCAAGAUUACGGCGGCAUCGACGACUACGUCAAGAUGAAUGGUCUUCAGGACAGGAGCAUGGCUGAGCAGAGGAAAGCGAAGCUGCAGCUGGCCGAGAACAAGGGCCCCAAGAAGAAGGACGGGGAAGCCGAGAAUGGCGAUGCUGGGGCCGGUGAGGGAGAGGGAGACGGCAUGACGGAGCUGGAGCGCGCACAGCUUGAGGCCGAGCAGCAACUGCAAGAUGAUGAAGACGAAGACGAAGAAGACUAUGACCCUGGCAGCGAGGGCGAUAGCGAAGGGUCAGGCUCUUCUAGUGAUGAUGACGAUGACGAUGACGACGAAGACGAGGAGGAUGAUGACGAAGAUGAUGGGGACGAGGGAGAAGGCGAGGGCGAACCGGAGGAGGAAGAGACAAAGAUGAAAGAAGAACCACCGAAGCCUGUUGCUGCACCAGCAAAGCCAGCCAGGGCCGCAAGGGCACCGAGGUCAGCGAAGCCCGCUGCAGAGCCGGCUACGAAAGAGGUCAAGACGGAGACACCAAGCGUGCCCGUCAGGAGCGGCUGGGCGGCUUUCACCUCCAGACCAGCAGCCCCUGACGUGGAAAUGGCCGAGGGCGACGAAGAAAAAUUCGAGGUGGUGUAA